AUGGACGCCUCAACACCGCGACAUCCUGAUCGCUUCAGAAUGGCGACAGAGGACCCUAUUCCUUCGUCCUCGCCUGCAUUUGGGACACCGGCACGUCCAUUUCGGAUACCCAAGGGAAAUGCGCCUCCCCCCAAAACUUCAAUUUUGCCAAUCCUACUCCCUCCAUCAACCCUACGCCCAGUAGCUUUUCGAACCUUCACUCGCAAACAUAACCUCACAAUAUCAUCGUCCGCGCUUCAAACACUAGCAGUAUUUGUGGGCAAGAACUGUGGCUCGGGGUGGCGCGAGGAAGGCCUAGCAGAGCGAGUCCUAGAUGAGGUUGCCAAAAUAUGGAAAAGAGCCGGCGGAGGCGUGAUUGUCGAGGAAGGGAAAGGAGCGUCCCUAAAGACAAUACUGCAAACCCUCGAGGGCAGUAUGAGUGGUGGAAGGGUUAUUGUUGGGAAAACGACUUCCCAAGAUGGUUCCUUGAAGGCAUCCACCCUAGGUGUAGAUGAUGGGCGGGUUGAAACAGCGGGUGACACCUCAAAACAAGGGAAUGCCGAGGAAGAGGACACACAACUGCCACUUCACCCAAGACAUUGGCUCAAGGUGAUUGACGCCUUUGAUCUUCCGCGCUUGACGUAUAACGUCGACAAGAAAUACUUCGAAGCCAUGAAGUCAAAGCCAUCCUUGUUUCCAUCACCAUCUUACAAAACUGCACUAUUCCGAGAUCGAUACAAUCUUGUAUAUCAACGAUUACUCCGCAAUGAAUCUUUCCAGAGCUCAUUGGGUGUCGCUGGUGUUCCUUCACUGCAACGCUCAUCGUCCAACCUAGCCCACCGACAAUCCUAUAAACUGACGCCAAUUGCAAAUUUGUUGGGCAGAAGUGGAACCUCGCAUCUACUGUUAGGAUUGCUUGCAAUUUCUCCUACUGGAGACUUGUCCCUGGUGGACCUGACUGGAAGUGUAGCAUUGGACUUGAGCCAUGCCCGAAUGAUACCUGAAGAUGGCGCGUGGUUUGCGCCAGGCAUGAUUGUGCUUGUCGAUGGAAUCUAUGAAGAGGAAGAGAUGGUAAAAGGUGCUGCAUUGGGAGGGAACACAGGAAUUGGGGGUGCAAUCGGAGGUCAGUUUGUCGGUAUAUCAAUCUGCGGACCUCCCUGCGAGCGACGUGAUAUCUCGCUAGGAACAAGCAACCGCCACGGCAGCGGACAGCUGAGCUCUAGUGGUGGAUUUGGGUGGGUUGACUUUGUCGGAUUGGGAAGUGAACGUGCCCAGGGUGCACGAAUGAGAAGAAUCCAGGAAAAAUGCCUACGAGGAGACCAGGAAGCGCCAGAAACUAUUAGGCUCAAAGUCGCCAUCAUGAGUGAGGUCAAUCUAGACAACAUGAAGGCACUUGACGCCCUGAAGAAAGUCUUCAGCACCUACAAUGAUCUAUCUCUUCCUGAACGCCCACAAGCCUUUAUCUUGAUCGGUAAUUUCGCGCAGAAAGCUAUCAUCAGUGGAGGUGGUCGAGCCGGGAGUAUCGAAUACAAGGAAUACUUCGACUCAUUAGCGCUGGUUUUAUCUGAUUUCCCAGCGUUGCUACAGCACUCGACCUUUGUCUUUGUGCCAGGCGAUAAUGACCCUUGGGCAUCGGCAUUCUCUGCUGGUGCAGCCUCAACAGUACCACGACAACCCAUUCCGGAAUUGUUCACCUCUCGAGUCAGACGUGCAUUUGCAACAGCAAACUCAGAGUUGAAUAGGUCACAAACCCCUGCACCCGCCGGUGAUGCAAUUUGGACUUCAAAUCCAGCACGUCUUUCGUGGUUCGGGCCUGUGCAUGACAUUGCCAUCUUUCGAGAUGAUAUCUCGGGAAGGCUGAGACGCAGCGCUGUCAACACCACCCUUGACAACGAAUCAGAUGUUACAAUGCAUGAACCCUCGAACAGUGCUACUGGUGCUACUGUCUUGGCUGUGGGUGAGAGCCAGAUCGAAGACAUGGGCCAGCAACAGGGCACCAAGGCUGAAACCGCCUCGUCUGGAGCGUCAAUGGCCCGCAGACUCGUUAAGACCAUCCUGGACCAAGGAACAAUCUCCCCAUUUCCGCUACCAUUGCGGCCCGUCUUAUGGGACCAUGCUUCAGCCCUACAGUUGUACCCACUGCCAACCGCAUUGGUACUUGCAGACCCCGAGGCCGCACCGUUUUGCAUGACCUAUGAGGGCUGUCAUGUCAUGAACCCCGGGCGCUUGCUACCAGAGGGUGGUGCUCCCAUGGUCAGAUGGGUCGAGUACGAUGUGUUACGCAACCGAGGGAAGAUCAGGGAAGAGCGCUGUUAA